AUGGCCAAAUCUCAACGAUCGAGCGUCACGAAAGCCAACAAUCAGCGGCUCAAAAAGAAUGUAUUUGGUCCAGUAGAGGCGGCAAGGCAACAGCGCCUCUCGGCGAAGCUUCUCGAGAUCGCUUCGCAACCCAAGCCUGUGCCCGAGAAGGAAAUGAAAGAUGCGGCCGAGCAGGGUGAACCAGAUGAGACCAAGGCUGCUGGUGAAGCCAAGCCAGAAGACACGACCAUGGAAAUCGAUCAGACCUCAAAAUCUACCAAGUCAAAAGCGAAGGGCAAGAUCGUCAAGAGACGAGGACGGAAAUCCAACAUUGUCUUUCCGAAAUUCGGGGACCGCAACAAGAAGAAGAGAGCCGGCCCAGCUUUCCACGAGGUCGUCGGCGAGGGCGAAGGCAUAAAGGAGUGUCGCGCCCAUCAUGCAGCUCGCAAGGAAAGGGAUUCCAAGCCCUCUACCUCUCUAGCCGUCCACUGGGCGGAAAGCCUGGGAAAUUCCUCUGACGACUAUGGAAAAAGCAGCUGCGGUAUAGCCUGA